CCACAUGCAAACAACCAGAGGAGGCUACGCGCUUUCCUCUUCAAAAUCUGUACAUCAUCAAAACAAGCUCCAUCCAAUUUUCCAUUUUCCAGAAAAGUCUUCGUAUCAACACCAUCUCCAUCUUGACUGCCCCACGCAUAGCUUCUGGAUCAUUAUUAAGUAUUAUUAUUACGAAUUGAGAACAGAGUGAGAGGCAGCUUGAAGGGAUCAUGGGUUGUUGCAACAGCAAGAACGCGGAUACGAAAGCCAGCCGCAUGGCUCGGUGGCGCUCCACUGGAAUCGUAGCUUUAUGCGACUCCAAACUGAAGUCAUUUCCAGAUGAAGUGCUUGGCUUAGAGAGAUCUGUGCGCACUCUUGAUUUGACAUGCAACAGAAUAGUUGAUAUUCCUCUGGAGAUUAACAAGUUAAUGAACUUGCAGAGGCUGAUUUUGGCUGAUAACCAUAUAGAGCGCCUUCCAGUGAAUCUGGGAUUGCUUCAGUCCAUAAAGGUUCUGAAACUUGAUAAGAAUCGAAUGAAAACCUUGCCUGAGGAAUUGGGCCAGCUAGUGAAGCUGGAACGCUUAUCUGUCUCAGAGAAUUGCUUAGUAAACUUGCCUGAUACGAUUGGGGGCUUACACAAUUUAGUCCUAUUAAAUGUGUCAAGUAACAAGCUGCAAUAUUUCCCAGAAUCCAUCGGAAAGUGUUCCUCUCUUGAAGAAUUGCAGGCAAAUGAUAACUCCAUUGAAGAACUCCCUGCUUCUGUUUGUAGCCUUGUACAUUUGAAGUCACUUUGCUUGAACAAUAACAAUCUUGUACAGAUGCCUCCAAAUUUUUUACGAGAGUGCAAGAAUUUACAGAACAUAUCCCUUCAUGGAAAUCCUAUUUCUAUGGAUCAAUUUCAACAGAUUGAAGGUUUUCAAGAAUUUGAAGCUCGGAGGAAAAAGAAAGUUGAUAAACAGAUUGAUUGUAAUGUGAUUAUCAGUCAUAAUGGGCUCGAUGUGGGGGUUGACCAAUGACAUCUCUGCAAGAGGAUAGUUGAACUAGAGCACCAUGAACCUCCAUGAUGACCUGUGAUUAAGCGGCGCUGCCUGCUCAUUUCCUCAACCUUGAUCCUAAUGGUUUAGUAUUCCGCCCUUCCAUGACAUAUAAUUGUGCAGUUAGCCAGUUAGUUACUCAUUUUCACAUGGAUUGUAAAUCAAGUCCAUCCUGUGCAUUUUCCUUGGUGGUAUAGCUUUUUAUUCAUUAAUCCCCUCCAUUACAUUAUUUAAUUUAUGGCUUGCUCAUUCAGUGAGUCAUGGCUGAAGAUACUUGCUAUUAUAUUUUUGUUGUAUUUAAUACGGAGUAUAUUAUAAGCAAAUACAAUUAAUUAACAUCUUUAACUUAUUAACUUCAUCGAAAUUUUACAAAACAAGCUGC